AUGCCUAUAAUUGAGUCAUUUGAAGCCGACCUGAACUCUCUGGAAACUACAAAGUGGGAGUCGUGGGACUUGACUACCAAAAUGUCUUUUUUGGGCACCAAAUUGCACCUCUACGCGUACAACUUGACGGCCAAGAAUCAUACUUUUUCAUCUCCGCCAUUGCCUGAUCGACGAUCCCAUUUUUACUUCUCGGAAGCCUACAAAACAUCCAUCCGUCUGAUCCAGACCUGGUGUGCUGCCCUGUCACCAGCAAAAUCAACGCCAGUUCCAGCAAAUUUGGCCCCAGAACCGUCAUUUUCUAAGCUCUCCCGGUGCUGGACCAUCUUCGAAAAGCUCUCAUUGACCUACGCAGUCUUUUCUCUCUUGAAAUUUACCAAGCUGUCUCCAAACACUCAUUCUCAUGAUCUCAACACGGAUAAUGCGAUUAGGCAGGCAUUGACCUUUCUUAAGUCGUGUUCCGUUUUUAAAGACGAUCAUUUUUCACGCGUCUGUGACAUUGUUGAAUACAUCUGCCAUCUCGAUGGCAGCAGCAGCAACCAUAAUGGUUCUCUUUCGAGCUUGUUAUCGUCGAAAACCCCAGACGUCCGAUCUCACAUGAGUUCCAAUGUUCUGUUAAAUGUUGUUCUUCUUGCAAAGGAAAGAUUUGAGAGGGGUAGCGAAUAUGCUUACGGCAAUUCUACCUCACCCUCGCAAAAGGGAAGUGGAGAUAGAGGGAACGGCCCACAGCUCAGUCCAAGUCUCUUAGCCUAUCCGUUUCCUCUUGAUCUUCUUCCGGAUAACUCGCCCUGGAGUGCCGAUGACUUCGAUUUUAUUGACCUACUCGGGGGGGAUACCAUUGUAUGA